AUGGCUAAGCAAUUUGUCAAGAGCAAGUUAAAGAAGUAUCAUAAGCACCAGCUCAUGGUCUCUCAGCAAAAGAAGAGGGAGAAAGAGAAGAAGCAUUAUCAAGAAGAGACUACAGAGACUGAGAAUGAAGCUCAGCAGAAAAAGAAGAUAGAAUUCAAAAUCAGACUUGAGGCCAAGAUCAUGGCCCAUGAUUAUGAUUAUCUUACUGCAAGUUCAAGUGAAGACAACAACAGCUCACCUGCUCCAGAGAAGAUGGAGAAAGAUGAUUUUGAGAUUGUGGUAUUCUCUGAUGAGAAUGAUGAGAAGGACAAUGAGACAGAGAAUGAUUGA